AUGAAGGAUCCAUGCCUCAAGAGUAGCCAAAAACCUAUUGGCGAGGCAAAUGAACAUCCACUUCGAAAGUGGAGAAUAAGCAGAAGCACUUUGGGAGAUGAACUUACAAACUUCGCCUCAGACAAUAUGAUCAUAAUCUCUGGGAGCUCCGUCACGGUGUGCACGGAAGUUUCCACGCCAUCCACGACCACGGUCCCACUCUGGGCCAUACCCAUCCAUACUGAACUCCACGUCUUGCUUGGGGUCAACACGAAUAUCUCCAAUGCCUUUGGUUCCAUCGGUGUUGGGUGUGAAAUCAAUCCAGCAAACUUGGUCAGAACGGUUGCGGAAUAUGAGCUUAUCGCCAGCAACGUUGGAGACAAGGACCAGACUCGCCAAAGCGAAAGUAACGAUGUUGUUGAUGAAGGAAGGCAUCUUGACUUUAGCGAAUGCAGAACGCAAAGAAUUGAAGUGCAAUUUGAACUGAAGAGAUGCUGUAAAGACUGGCUUGAAGAUUGA